AUGGCGACGGGGAUUCCCCCGAGGGUUCUGGAUUCAGAUCCGGUGGGUCAGAGUCAGGAGGUUGAGGAGGACCUGGACCUGCUGUACGACAGUCUUGAGGUUUACAACCCGAGCGAUAGCGGCCCGGAGCAGGAUGACAACGACAGCAUCCUCAGCACGCCCAAACCCAAACUCAGGCUCCAAAUGUUGGAGGCCAUCUGUAAGCACUGGGAAGGCCCCAUCAGCCUGGCCCUGUACCUGUCUGACGCUGAGGCCCAGCAGUUCCUGCGCUACGCUCAGGGCUCUGAGGUGCUGAUGAGCCGCGGGAACGUCGGCUACCACAUUGUCUACAAAGAGGGACAGUUCUACCCAGUCAACCUACUGCGAAAUGUGGCCAUGCGGCAGGUCAACACCCCCUACAUGUUCCUAUCAGACAUCGACUUCCUGCCCAUGUACGGCCUAUAUGAGUACCUCAGGAAGUCAGUGGUGCAGCUGGAGAUGGCCAACACCAAGAAAGCUUUGGUGGUUCCAGCUUUUGAGACACUGCGAUAUCGUCUGUCUUACCCAAAGUCCAAGGCUGAGCUGCUCUCUCAGCUGGACAUGGGCACACUCUUCACCUUUAGGUACCACGUGUGGACUAAAGGCCAUGCUCCAACUAACUUUGCCAAAUGGCGGACAGCCACCACGCCCUACAGGGUGCAGUGGGAGGCUGACUUUGAGCCCUACGUCAUGGUGAGGAAGGACAGUCCUGAGUACGACCGCCGCUUCGUGGGCUUCGGCUGGAACAAGGUGGCUCACAUCAUGGAGCUAGAUGCACAGGAGUACGAGUUUGUGGUUCUGCCCAACGCCUACAUGAUCCACAUGCCUCACGCGCCCAGCUUCGACAUCACCAAGUUCCGCUCCAACAAGCAGUACCGGGUCUGUCUCAAAACCCUGAAGGAGGAGUUCCAGCAAAACAUGUCGCGACGCUACGGCUUCGCCGCCCUAAAAUACAUGACAGCUGAGAACAACAGCUAGCCACCACUGCAGACCCUCACGCCCCCGGCCCUGAACUACUGACACGCUUCAUGGGCUGUGGAGGGAGGGGGGGCACAGGAAACGGGACAGCCCACCUGAGGCCAUUGGGACACUUUGAGACUUGAGUCCCUCAGACUUUUUUAGAACGUUUGACCCUCAGUGUUGGGACUGCAAGGGUCUUUAUGUCCAUUCUUUGUCCUCUGCUGUGGAUAGAAGAGAUCAUCCACGAGGAGAUCACUUCCAGGAUGUAAAAGCUGUAACCGACGACAUGAGUGACUGCCAGGCCCAGGUCCUGGCUGUGUGGGGGCCUGAGCUCUGGCCCUGAAAUCUAACAGACAGCAAGCAAAGAAAAGCAGACUUUUAAUGCCUUGCCAUAUUUGUAAGACCAGUGGCAGAGUCGUGGGCUUGCGUGUAACAUUAUGUAUGUUUGUGUGUGUGUGUGUACAUGCAGGUAGAUGAAAAGGGUGACUGUGUAUGUGUUCCUCCAGGACAGUGUUUAGCAAAAAGCUUAAGGAGAGCUGAAGAUGUGAGACAUUGUGGGCUUACAUCCUAUUUGCACGCCUUCCAAGUGCCAACAAAGAGCGGCAGCAGUUUGACUGACAGCGCAACCCCGACUCAAAUGCAAAUCGUCACCAGGCGGCAAGAUAAGACAAAGCGGUAAACAUGUCUGCGCAGAUUUUGAAAAUCUCAUUGUGACAAGUGACACACACUCAGAUACCGAGGCGAGCAGCCAGCCAGCCGACCAGCUGCUGCUGCUUAAUUUGUUUGAUAGCCGAUACAGAUCAGAAUAAAUCCUCCUCCUCGUAUGACAAGGGAAGUUAAGUGCAAGGAUGGCUGGAGGUCGUCCGUGCGGUUGAUAUUCAGGGUAUCUCCACAUCAGCCUGAGCGUGCUGCUACAGAUUGUUUCCAGUGUUUUGUUACGACUGAAUCUGACAGCAGCUGGUGCGGUGUGCUUUUUUUUUGUGUCUGCCCAAACACCUGCUGAAGUCCCGUCGGUUUGUGAAGCCGCCGCCCCACCACGCCGUGCAGCACACUGAAGCGAAGCACCAAUCACUGAGCUCCCUGUUGACUUUCCCUUCCAACAAUCAGUAUUAUUUAUCAGUGUGUUUACAGUCCUGAUGGGCGGAGCAGGGAGGGCCUCCUCCACACAGUGUCAGGAGGAUCUGAGGACAGGAAGGAGAGUUUAAACUCUGAAAAUCAACAACAGUCAGGAGAGAGCCGCAGACAAUGUUAUCUCUCUUUCUCUCACUCUUUUUCACCUUGGCUUCUAGUUUGACAACAUCAUAGUGAUAUGAUUUAUAGUGAUGAUGAUUAAGGUAAAGUAUGGUCAUCUCACUGUGAGUCCAGACAGGGGUAUCAUAGAAAUAUUAUACUGGGCUUGUAAUGAUGAAGUAAAAAUCCAGAUAUGAUUACAGCUAUUUCAUAAUUGACAAAUACAACAUUAGGGUAGUAGUGUAUUUACAGUAGCCUUUUAAUUAGUAGAGCUGUACCAAAAUGUUUUACAUUCUAAGCUUCUAUUGAGUAAUAAAGCUUUCCAUAUCUGCCGUCAUACUUUAUAACCAUUACCAUCAUCCUAAAAAAAAAAUUUAAGAAAAAAAGAAACCUCCAACAAAAUCUUCACUUUAAUUAAGUAAUUGAUCAGAUCAAAUGAGUUAGUCGUUGGCUGGAAUGCUAACGCACGAAAAUGAAAGCAGCGGUGGUCCAGCCAGCUAGAUUGAAUGAGAAGAGGAGCAGCAUUGGCGAGAAGAAAGCAGUAAAUAUGAGAAAUUAAAUUUUAGUUUCUGAUGGGUUGACAGCGAUGUUCUCAAGCACAAAUAAAUGUGGCCACACCUCCACAAAACCCUUUGGGAAGGAACCCCGUUGCAAGGUUUUGUGUGAAUGCAGCUUAAAAUACGAAUCAUCUCACUGUGUCCUCUCACUGCUCUGUGUGUGUGUGUGUCUGUGUGUGUGAAGCCCCAAGAAGGAUCGCCGGGCUUUGAAGCCACUUUGAUAUAGUGACCAAUGACAACAUCACAUCAUGGCCCAAAAUGAGUUGUUCCCAUAUGCUUACAUUGUGAAGGGAGCAGGGGAUAAUUUAUUUGAGCUUCAAAACCCCUGUGAACAAUCAGAAUUUUAUCCAUUUGGUAUAAUAACACAUAAAAAAAUUAUACUAGUAUAUUAUACUAGAGGCACACAAUUAAAUCAUUUCAUCCCCAAUCAAGUUAGCGGAGGGCUAAACCAGAAGUUAUCGGCUCAGACAACAGAAGUCUGUGGUGCGCAAGCAACAGAAUAUGCUGAAGAUCUGGCUAAUUUUAGACCCUGAAGUCAAACUUUUUUGGCUCCACCUCACCACCAAUGCUGUAUCCAGUUCUCCUUAAUACAUCCAUGGUGUGGUGUGUGUGUAGCUCAGCCCCACCCUCAAACAGACAAACACAAACUAGCAGAGAGCAGAGACAGUGACAGUUAUGUAACCUGAUCGCCACGUUUCCCGACCUGUGCAGCAUUCAGAUAUUGAUUUAGAAUUUGAACGGCAACAUUAUGAAUGAAGCUUUCAACUAUCCGGUACAGCCCUGUUAAUUAGCUAACAGCUAUCACUGAACAAACACAGUGAAUUGCAUUACAAACAAGACAAAAGUUAUAUCAACUUUACAGGCUCAUUCAUGCCGCCUUGCCAGCAUAAAUCAUUCAGUGGUUAAACUGAUCAGGGAUCAGGUAACCACUGCAGCAGCUCACUCAUCAUGAUGAUUUGUGUUGAAAUUGUGUGAUACAGGUGACAACUCAGAAAAAAACGUGGACCUUGAGUUGGGAUCAAGGUCAAGAAUGAGUCAACAUGAGAAGUUCUAAAAGUGUGCAGGUCAAUAAAUUCAUCUCCAUGACAACUGAGCAAACUCCAUCUGCGAGAAGCCAACAGAAAAUAGUAACUCGACCUUGAGUUGGAAUUGUUUUGUCAAAUAAAUUUCACUUUUAGGACUUAAAUACACCAGUUGAGAACUCAUUUGAAAGUCUCCUCAGGUUUCUGUCCAGGACCUCAGUGGAGGCUGAUCCACACAGUAAAGUUCUGUUAGACUGUGAUGAGGUUCAUGAUGUCAGGCUGGUUGUUCGGCUAGUACACACCGUUGUGAAACUAGAAGCCGCUCUCUCUUUCUGUGUCUCUCUCUCUGUACAGGAAAGUUGAAGAAGGGCUCAGUGCGGUCAUUCAGGUGUGUGUUCAUGUGUGUGCCCGUUGUGUGUCUGAUUGUACAUGUAUGUUCAGUAUGCAGAUGUGUGUGUGUGUUUGACUCUGCUCUGAAUCUGUGUGUCUUUGCAGGGCUGAGAGGAGCCACAGUGUUUAAGUAGGACAGUGCUGACUGAUGCUGCUAUCUGAAUAAAAGCGAAGUCAAACAC